UCAAGUUUAGAGAGGAGAGAGAGAGAGAUUUGAAGUCGGGGAAGUGCAAAAUGGUGGUUUUAAGAGAGAAAUUAGAGAGAGAAGAGAUGAGACGCUGCUGCCCGGAGAGAGAAACCACUGAAAUUUAUCCGAAAAAGAGAACCCCUAGAAUUCGGAGAAUCCGCUCACUCUUGCAAAAUAUAGGUCAAAGUGGUUUCUGAUAGAGCAUAUUUCCGGUUCGGUUUCAUGGCUUUGAUGGGGAAUGAUGGUAGGGGUUAUGAAUUGGCGAAGAAGCUUGACAGUUGUGGGGUUUGGCGUCAAUGGCUUGGAAAAACAACUUACGUAAAUUUCUUGCCAUUUCUGGGUUCCCCAUCUUCUUGGGAUAGCUUCAUGACUACAAACGAGUAUAGAUCUAGGGCACAGCUCCAGCUUCAACUUAGGGUUCGGGCAUUGCUGUAUGAUAAAGCCAGUGUUUCUCUGUUCCUAAGGUUGGAUUCCUCAGCGUUGCCUUCGAAGCUCAACCCUGCAUAUUUGCAGUUGCACGCGGAUGAUGUGUAUUUCUCCUUAGAAGAUGAUUCUCUAGAGUGUGAUCAGUUUCAAGAUGGCUCCCUAGCACAUAAAAUGGGGAGAGGGGGCCCCCUUGUCUUAUGCCUCUGGAUAAAGAAAACCCAAUCUAAAUUAUCAUCCACUACUGGCAAGGUGGUUGAAUUUGCAUUUGAUAGAGCUUCAAGUGCAGGGCCAAAAAGCAACGAGUCUGAUAUUGAAGAUAUGUCCUUCAGAUCCCAAAAUGGGGAUUUGCGUGAGACAUGGUAUAGCCAAUCUGUUGAAAGUUAUAGAGAAAGAAGAUCAAAAUGGAUAGCAUGGCGUAUUUCCCAACAAAGAAUUCCAUUUAGUGAGCGAGAAACAUUUAAAAGGACACCAGAGGGAAUGUCUUUGUACCUCAAACUUCUCGAGAAACACAAUAAAAGGCGAAAAAUAUUUGAUGAUCAGGGAAUGGGUUUUGCCAAUCCAGUCAAGGAAAAUGGGUCUCAUGGGUUCCACACAAGUUCAAACUUGGAAAUGAAUGACUUGAUGGGAGAGGAAUCAGAUUUCUUCCCAGAACUCAUGUUUCCAUCUAACUGUGUGCCUGAUAGUGCAGUCCCCUCCACUAACAAGCCUGAAGAAAAUCAGAAUAUAGAAUUUUGUGGGAUUCUUGAUAAUUUGCCCCAGGGUAUAUGCAGGAAUCCAGCAAUGAUUGAAAGAUUUGGCAUGAGGGCUGAGUACUUUAAUAUGGGGAUUGGGAGAAGCAAAUAUAGGGGAAAGAACAGGAGAUCCAUGUGUGAGGAGGAAGCAUCUCAUCUGCUUCAACAAGCUCUAUCUCGUAUAUUGGUCAGCAUUGGUUUCGAAGGGGCAUCGAGUAACUCAUUGGAGGUUCUUUCACAGUUUCUUAGCUGCCACAUUUGUAAAUUAAGCCAGAUCUUAAGACUGCUUGCAGAUAGUUACAGGAAACAAUGCACACCUGUGGAACUCCUUAAAAUGUUCAUACGAACAUUGGGAUACAGUAAUCCUGGGGCUUUAGUAGAGCAAUUGAAGGAUGGCACAAGGGUAAUCCCUCAGCCCGUACAGCAACCGGUGCGAACAAUCCAGCCCCAACAUCAAGCAUUCUUACAAGGACAGCAGACCCAGAGGCAUCCGCAGAUGCAAGUGCUUCACACACAGAAUCAGGCAGCACAGCCACAUUGGGAUAGGCUGAGGCGGAAGCAGCCAUUAACCCCUCGUGGCUCUAAUGUCGGUCUAGAGAGAGAGAGGCCCACAGUUGAAGUUAAGGUGGAAAAUUCAACCGAUUUGCCAAUUGACUAUGCAUAUGGUGCCAAUCAAUUGAUCAAGCAAAACCAGUUUCAGUGGAAGCAGCAGCAACUACAACUAAAACUACAGCCACAGCAGCAGCAGCAGCAGCAGCAGCAGCAGUUCAAACAUCUUGCAUCCCUUCAGAUCCCUCAUGCUCAACCACAAGGUAUGUUCAAUGUGAGGGCACCGCCUGUGAAGGAUGGUUUUCAGGAUUUAAUGGGUGGUGAUGCAAUUAUGAAGCAUGAAAGUGAAGAGAGUAAAGAGCAUAAACUCACCUCACCCCGAAAAUAGAGGAAGAUGCGCCCUAAGGUCUAUUCCUUUAAGUUGCAUUUUUGUGCAUAACAGUGGUUGCAUUUGAUUGUUUUCUUUUUACAUCUUUUGGGCCUUGGGCCCAUUCUUUCUGCUUGAGCUUUCGUGUUUCAAAUCCAUAUGAGAAACUGUAGCCAAUAAAUUGUAACAUGAAAAUUGUAAUUGAUCUCAAAGUUGUACACGCAUUCAACCAAAUCCCCUCUUCUACUGUA